CCCGGCGCCGAGCGGCCGCAGUCAGCGGAGCAGCGGGAGCGCGGCGCGGAGAGCCGGCACGGCGGCAGCGCAGAGGAGGCAGAGCCAUGGCAUCGCUGCUGUGCAACGCCCGCAUUCAGCUUACGGAGACAUUGGAGCAGAUGCAGCAAGGGACACUGAUGCGCAAAGUCAAGUCCAAGAGCUGGAAGAAGCAGCGCUACUUCAAGCUGCAGGAGGACUGCAUGACCAUCUGGUACCAGUCCAAGAAGACAGGCAAAAUUGAAUCUGCCUUCUCCAUCAGCGAUGUGGAGACGGUGCGGGAAGGACACCAGUCAGAGGUGCUGCAGAGCCUGGCUGAGGAGUUCCCCCCCGAGCGCUGCUUCACCAUCGUCUUUUAUGGCCGCCGGGGCAACCUGGACCUCAUUGCUGGCUCGGCAGAGGAGGCACAGUGCUGGAUCCAGGGCCUGCGCCAGCUCAUUGAGGUGGCCACCAGCAUGGACCAGAGGGAGAAGAUAGACCAAUGGAUUCGUGAUUGGUUCCAGAAGGCUGACAAGAAUAAGGAUGGGCGCAUGAACUUCAAGGAGGUGCAGCGGCUCCUGAAGAUGAUGAACGUGGACAUGAACGAGGAUCAUGCCCUGCGACUCUUCCAGGCUGCUGACAAGUCAGAGUCAGGGACACUGGAAGGGGAGGAGUUUGUGCUCUUCUACAAGACUCUCACGCAGCGUGAGGAGGUGCUGAGCCUCUUCCAGGACUUCUCUGAGGAUGGAAAGAAGCUGACACUGCUGGAACUGGUGGAUUUCCUGCAGCAAGAGCAGCUGGAGGGUGAGGACACAGAGGAGCUUGCCAUGGAGCUCAUCGACAAGUAUGAGCCAUCAGAGACGGCCAAGGCUCGCCACGUGCUGAGUGCUGAUGGGUUCCUCAUGUACCUUUGCUCCCCGGAGGGCUCCAUCUUCAACCCCCGGCACCAGGCACUUUGGCAGGACAUGACCCAGCCGCUCUGCCACUAUUUCAUCUCCUCCUCUCACAACACCUACCUGAUAGAGGACCAAAUCCGGGGCCAGAGUAGCAUUGAGGGCUACAUCAGGGCUCUGAAACGGGGCUGCCGCUGCCUAGAGGUGGAUUGCUGGGACGGGCCGAAUGGGGAGCCCAUGGUGUACCAUGGCCACACAUUCACCUCCAAGAUUCCCUUCCGGGAGGUGGUGAGCACUCUGGGCAAAUACGCCUUUCAGGCCUCGGACUACCCAGUUAUCUUGUCGCUGGAGAACCACUGCAGCGUGGAGCAGCAGGACGUCCUGGCCCAGCAGCUCAAGGCCAUCCUGGGGGAGCAGCUCCUCACUGCCACCACCGAUGGGCGCAUCCCCACCCAGCUCCCGUCCCCAGAGGAGCUGAAGCACAAGAUCCUGCUGAAGGGGAAGAAAAUCGGGCGGCUGGAGGACACACUGGACGGUCCAGGGGACGAGGUGCCUGAGGUGUCUGAUGAGGACAAUGGAGCAGAGGCAGAGGAGGAGAAGAGGAGGGUGAAGAAGGACAGGGAGAGCCUGGCACAGGCGUUGUCCGACUGUGUUGUCUACUGCAAGAGCGUGCCCUUCCAAGGCUUCCAGGAAGCCCGCAGCCAUUCCCGGCCCUCUGAAAUCUCCUCCUUUGCUGAGGCCAAGGCCAGGAAGCUUAUCCGGGAGGCAGGGAAUGAGUUUGUUCGCCACAAUGCCUGGCAGCUGACACGCAUCUACCCCAGCGGGAUGAGGACUGACUCCUCCAACUACAGCCCCCAGGAGAUGUGGAACGUGGGAUGCCAGAUCGUGGCCCUGAACUUCCAGACCGCCGGCGCAGAGAUGGACCUCUAUGAUGGGCUCUUCAGCCAGAAUGGCCACUGUGGCUAUGUGCUCAAACCAUCCUUCAUGAGGGACGAGGGGACCCUCUUCAACCCCAAUGAUCCCAGCAGCUGGAAGAGCCCUGGUCCCGUGACCCUGACAAUCCAGGUGAUCAGUGGGCAGCAACUGCCCAAAGUGGCUAACAGCAAGGCUGAAGCUGUCAUUGACCCACUGGUGCGUGUGGAGAUCCACGGGGUCCCUGCAGACCAGGCCCACCAGGAGACCAAAUACAUCGAGAACAAUGGGUUUAACCCCCGCUGGGAUGAGACACUCCAGUUCCAGCUCCAUGUGCCAGAGCUGGCCCUCGUCCGCUUCGUGGUGGAGGAUUUUGACAAGACAUCCAGGAAUGACUUUGUGGGUCAGUUCACCCUGGCCUUUGUCAACAUCAAACCUGGCUACCGCCACAUCCAUCUCCUCUCCAAGGACGGCACCAGCAUCCCACCCUCUUCACUCUUUGUCCACAUCCGCAUCACUGAGCCACCUGGUCCUGAGCAGGAGCAAGCCCUUGGGGCAAGCGGAACCUGAAUGGCAGCCAUAGACCCAGCCCUGUUUCGGCCCAAGUGGCUGGGGCCACGGAGCCAACGACGACGCCAGCCACCCUGCAGUCGAUCCGUUUGUAUCAUCCCUCCCUGUCUUCGUUGCUGCUGUGCCCUGGUUCAUAGUGACCUCCAGGGGCUGGGAAAAGGCAUCAAGUCUGGGACAUUGCCUCCCACCCGCCUCCCUAUGCCCUCAGGCAGGGUCUGCGCUGGUGCAGCCCUCUGUGUUCCCCCCUACACAGUGCAGCCCAGCCCACAGAUGCAGUUCAGCCGCAGGGAAGAGAAGAAACGGUGCAGGACACCCUGGCUCUGCACAGGCCCAUCCCCUUCAACCAAGAGAACCCCAGAAUAGGGGAGGGGAGGGUCAGGCUUCACUACUCCCCCCACCCCAUAGAGCCCCCUCUGCCCAUACAAUCCCCAGGGGUGCUCCACAUCACUAAUCCUUGCAAUGUCCUUUCUCUCUAAACAACAUAAUAAAGAGU